AUGGAGGUCUCAUCAUCAUCCUUGCCCAGUGGUCCAGAAGCCAGCCAUGGCAGCAGCAGGAGGAAUCAAAUGCUACAUGUGGCUGGAAGCUUUCUGCAUUCUGACCACGAGAUCAAAGCCGCAUCAGCGAUCGCCAAGCUUAAGGAGUUCAUGAAUAGCGCGUACUUAGCGAACUUCAUGGCGGUCGUUGUCCUGGUGGAUGCAUAUUGCACCUGCAGGGACAUUGAUGCGACAGCUGCACAGGAACAAGCGCCGGAGAUUCUCAACAUCAUCUCGGAUUUGUGCUUGGCGAUCUACUCGUUGGAGGUGCUCGGAUGGCUUGGGCUCUUUGGAAUUGGGAUCUUGAGGGAUUUUAUGAUUCUGCUGGAUCUCUUCAUUGUCAUGUGCGGUUGGGUUGAGAAGAUCGUUGACUCAAUUGAGGGUCAUGGCCUGGGCUUCAACAUUGCAAUGCUACGAGCCUUGCGGCUAGUGCGGAUCUUCCGACUCAUGCGCUUGUUGAAGCGCGUCCGACCGUUGAGGGAGUUGCACAAGCUGGUCAUGAUGAUGGCCACAUGCUUCCGGACCUUAAUCUGGUCCUUUUUGCUUUGCUUCGUCGUGAUGACCGUCUGGGCGAUGCUUUUGGUGGAAGUGGUUCACCCCGCGUUGCAGGAGAUGAACGAGAGUGCCAAGUUCGUUUGCAACAAACAAUGUCUUGCAGCAGUGUCAUCGGUUAUGCAUGCAAACCUCCUGCUGUUUAAGACGGUGAUUGCUGGAGACGGAUGGGGCGAAAUUGCCGUUCCAGUCAUCCAUGAGCACCCAGGCACUGCCUUUAUUUUUGUGGGUUCUUUGCUGACGCUCGUAUUUGGAGUGCUGAACUUGAUCGUUGCUGUCGUGGUUGACACAUUUGCGGAUGCUCGAUUAAAUGACGUGCAAAAUUUGGCAGAAGAAAUGGAAGAUGAAAUUGAACAUGACCGAAAGGCCUUGGCCAAACUUUUUGCCAAAAUCGACAAAGAUGGUAGUGGUCAGCUCACUUUGUCGGAGAUGAUCGAAGGGGCUCGCCACGACCCAACGUUUCAAUCCCGCUUACGUGUCAUGGACAUAGAUGAACACGAUCUGGAACAGCUCUUUCAGAUGAUCGACCAUGACCAAUCCGGCACCAUCGAAGUGGCCGAAUUCAUCGGCCCAUUGAGCAGAUGGGCUCACGAUUCGAAGACGGCACCGCGCUUCAUCAAGUACAACAUGAUCCAAACCAUGCAUUUACAAGAGGAUUUGUACGAACUCUCCUCCGAGUGCUUCAACCAGUUGGCCGCGCGCAUCGAUGAUUUGGCACUGCAAAUGCAAGAGCUCAAGGCUCCGUGGAGCACAGAGACUCGAAGGUCCUUGCGUCGCUCCGUGAAGGGUGAAGAGACCGAGAAGGCUAGGCCAACGGAAGGUCUCGAGGAGGUCUUCUCCGACUUGGGAGCCGACUCCGGAUCGGAGGUGGAUGACCAAGUGCACCCGCCCGCCAAGCAUGGCUUGGACCAACCCUUGCCUUCCAAAUCGGACAUCCACUUCUUGUCGCCCAAGUCGGCCGAACGCGAAGCGCGGGAGACGUCGAGCUUGGUGGAGUUCAUGUUGGAAACUGCUGUUUUCAAGCUGGAGACCAAGUUAGAUGCGCUUUUGGACCAUUGCCGCCUCCGAGCUAAGCCUUUGUCAGUGUCCCCCGAACACUCCAGCGCGGACAAGAACAGUGAAGACUGGCCGGGCACCGUCGACCGGAAGCCCAAGCGACGAGCGCGCGGUUUGCAUCCAGAAGCCUUCAGGCAUAUGUACAUGGAGCGGAAUGGCAAACGCCACGCCACGGAUGAAGUGUCCGCCUCACGAUCAAUAUCGGAAAAGAGGCUUUCAACCAGGAGCGGCGUGCCGUUGCCGACGCGCAGACGAAGUUUGUCAUCUGAGGGCCUUCCGACGAACCCUUUGGUUUCACCGGAUCUUUGCCCGUAUCCCAUGGAACAAUAA